CGCAGUGAAGGUGAAGACGGUCGUUUUGCGGCAGUUAGCGCAGGCGCAGUGAUGAUGAACGCUGGCGGUUAGCGCAGGCGCGGAUGGAGUUGGGGGGAGCGAAGGGACGAUGAAGUUUUGAAGUGUCUGUGUCCGUCUUCUCUGUCUGUCUUCAGAGUGAGCAGAGAGUUUACAAUUAAAUGUUCUGGCCUGGAAAGGCAGUACGGUGAUGGACCAGACGCAGCCGCUGUGCUGGGAGGCGGAGGAGCAGGAGGUGUCGGGAGACUGUGACCGCGAGCCCAGGGGCCGCCUCAGGGUGUUCGCAGGGAGCGAGAGACCCGAGACUGGUUUUCUGUUGUACCAAGGUGAAAACAUUAUCGGUAGACACGAGAGCUGUCACGUCCACAUCCCCGUCUCGUCUGUGUCCAAAAGGCACGCGGUGAUUGAGAUCGAUGGCGACUCCCAACUGAUUUAUGACUGCAACAGCCUGAACAAGACCCGGCGCAAGAACGUUGUCCUCAAGCCUGACAUCCGCUACGCCAUCAAUGACGGCGACCUCUUCCUUUUUGCUGAUGUUGCCUGCCAGUACGUGCUGCUAUCACCAUCAGCAACACCGGCUGGAGACUCUGGUUCUGAAACUGACUCGGAGUCCCUGUUUCCCCACGCAAAGCCAGGCUCGGGGGACCAGCAGCUGGAUGACAAUGAUGCAGCCGGUGACUAUUUGGAAUCGGCAGAUGAUUCACUUGUGCUCUCACCCACCCAACCCUAUCACACCAAAUCGGUGGUGAUUUCCCUUCGGUCUGAUACCUACGUGAAGGAGUCUGAGGAUGAUGACACACCAUGGAAGUGCAGUGCACCAUUCACUGCCCGAGAUGGCCAGCAUCCGAGUGCCAUGGCACGUCAAACUCCAUCAGUGCAUGUUGUUCCCGAGAGCGAUGAAGAAGAGGGUGAGUCGUCUCAUUCCAAUCUUCAGUCAAAGCAGCUGCAUUACGACAGUGAGACUGAUCUGGAGGAAGAUCAGGAACCUGGUGAAAAAUGGACAGAACAUUGCACUGAGCGCCUAGUCAACAGUAGCCAUGUGAAUUCUGAAAUGGCAGGCAUAGAAGAGCAGCAAGCUGAUGACACGCCUCCACUGACUAACAUUGCUGUCUCCGACUGUUUGAAGACUGUCCAAGAAAUGGACGUUCUGGAGGACGCACUUGACCGUGAUGCAGGAAGGACGUCCACCUGGGAGUCAGGUGCCCCACCAGCUGCUAAUCAUCUGCCCCAUUUCAGCCGGGACAGUGAUGAUGAAGAGGAGGACUCACUAUUAACCAGCAAUGCCUUGCCACCGGACACCAAAACAGAUUCCAAUCUCACCGAAGGUGUUGGCCUUCAAGUGGCAGAGGCUUCUACCUGUGACAGGGGCUUGAUCCAUCCAGGUACUAGGGAAGAAAGCAGUCACGUGGACCUCUCUGCAGACCACGACACAAACUCAACAGGGGAUGCUAAAGAAACAGCAAGUGGUGUUAAUGAGAGGAAGCCACUGGAGGAGAACAGUGACACUGACAUUGAUGAUGAUAUUGAGUCAUACGCUCUGGAAGCAACUCAGUGCUUCACGCUGAAUGUUUCGGACACCCAGGAUGAGGCAGCAAGGGAAAACAAUCACACGCCAGAUGCUGGCAUUACAGCAGGUGCUAACACUGAGGAGAAACCCUCACAGUUGCUCACCUGUCAAUCUCCCACCUUCAACAAAGAGCCUUUCAAGGAUAACACUGCAGCAACAAGCAACACCGAGGAAGAUCUCACGCAGCCAUUCACCUUUCGGUCUCCGACAUUCGGUAGAGACGCAUGCAAAAAUAGCAGCGUGACAGUGGGUAAUACAGAGGAAGAGGCCACUCAGCCAUUCACCUUUCAGUCUCCGACGUUCAGUAAAGACAUUUCAAAAGGGACAGCUGUGGCACUGAGCGAUACAGAGGAAGAGGCCACACAGCCAUUCACGGCGGAUGCUGCUAUCCAGCGUCCUGUAAUAUCUUCACCUCACUCGGAGCGCAGUGAGGGAAUACCUGAGGAUGAUCAGUGGGCUGAGGGGGAAACCCAGCCCUUCUUCUUUCAGAACCAGGUCACAGAGCUGGACCGCAGUGGAGAAGCUGAAGAAGCAGAAGGCACUGUGCCCAUCAUAUCUGCUGUGGAUUCCCCAGCUCCGACUGUCCAAGACCUGGCUACCAGUCCUCCAGGGACCAAAAGGCAGAGUCUGUCAGAGGUCGGGAGCUGUAUGGGCCCUCAGGCAACACCAGAGCAGCUGCAGAGCCCUGAAGCUGGGAAGGGAGGCCACAGGCAGCAAACGAAUGAAGAGAGGAGCUCCAUGGCUUUAGUAGAACAGCAACUGGCUGAGGCCAGUGAGGACAUGGGGAAACGAGAGACCUCAGCCAGGGAGCAGGCAGCCACUCCUGACACUGAGGAGUGCAGCAACAGCAGCUUAAACUCAGUCCCCCAUCCGUCUCUGACUCUGCCGAACAGCCAGAGAGAGACUGAGGCUGAGGCAGAGAACUCUGCUGUUCCCAGAGACCGACAGCAGAACCAGGGAUCCAUAAAGCCCAGGGACUGUCAGCAACAUCAGCGCAGGAAGGACCCAGAGCUGGGAUCACAGGAAGUUGCCCUGCCUUUGGAUAGGACACAGGCCGGGCCAAGAAGGGGCAGGGGCAGGCCCAGGUCCAUCUCUGCAUCCACAAAGGACAAGUGCCAAGGCCCUCCACAGGAGGGGGAGGAACACUCUCAGGCUCCUGUAGUUAGAGGCCGCAGAGCCAAGCAGAGCUCACUAGCAGCACUAGACCAACAGGUUAGGAAUGUGGAAGAAACUCCCCGAACCGAUGGUGCAUCUCAGCAGCAGCCUGCGGGCAGAGGCAGGAGGAGAGCUGAGUCUGCACUGGGACAGGCUGGGAAUAUGGAGGAGACUGUCCAAACCGAUGGGGCAUCCCAGCAACAGCCAGUGGGCAGAGGUAGGAGGAGAGCUGGGUCUGCACUGGGACAGGCUGGGAAUAUGGAGGAGACUGUCCAAACCGAUGGGGCAUCCCAGCAACAGCCAGUGGGCAGAGGUAGGAGGAGAGCUGGCACCUCACAAACCAAGCCCGCUGAGAGUGUGGAGGAGACUGCCCAAACCGAUGGGGUUUUGCAGCAGCAGACCCCAGUCAGAGGCAGGAGGAGAGCUAGGUCUGCACUGGGACACAGUGAGAGUGUGGAGGAGUCUGCCCAAGCUGAAGGGGUAUCGCAGCAGCAGUCCCUGGGCAGAGGCAGGAGGCGAUCUGUGGCAGCACCGAUUCAGAGUGAGAAUGUGUUGGACACAUCCCAAACCGAUGGGGUAUCGCCGACACAGCCAGCGGGCAGAGGUAGGAGGAGAGCUGGCACCUCACCGGCAAUGCUAGCUGACAGUGUGGAGGAGACUGCCCAUACCGAUGGGGCAUCACAACAACGCCCAGCUAGAGGCAGGAGGCGGUCUGUGGCAGCACCGAUUAAGGGUGAGUGCGCUUUGGACACAUCCCAAACUGAUGGAUCAUCACAGGAGCGGCCAGCGGGCAGAGGCAGGAGGCAAGCAAGGGGAGAGGCGACAAUUCAGGCUGUCUACGUGGGGGACGUUUCCCAAACCAAUGGGUCAUUGCAACAGGGACUGACUGCGAGAGGCAGGAGGAAACAGGAAUGUGCACAGCCUUCGUUACAGGAGAAGGGAUUAUCGUCUGGACGUAAACGCCGCGUGCGGGGGGCUAGUCCAUCAGAGAGUGAGAAGGAAAGCAGCACCCCUCCUCAGGUUAAAACCCGGCGUACAGCAGGCCGUCUGUCCUCAGGCUCCCUGCUGGAUACUGUCCCUUCUCCGAAGGUCAUGUUCACAGGGCUGGUUGAUGAGAAUGGGGUGAAGGUGAUUAAACAGCUUGGUGGUGAGGUGGUGGAGUCCGUGCACGACAGCACACACUUAGUCACAGACCGGAUUCGCCGUACAGUCAAGUUCCUGUGUGCCGUUGCCAGAGGGAUCCCUGUGGUGACCCCGGACUGGCUGGUAAAGUCUGGGAAGAGUAACUGCUUCCUGUCCACCAGCGGCUUUCUGGUUGAUGACAGCGACCAGGAGAAGAAGUUUAACUUCAAGCUGGCUGAGUCCCUGCAGAAAGCCAAGGAGCAGCCUCUUCUUCAGGAUUAUAGAGUCCACGUGACAUCAGGUGUUCUCCCUGAGCCAAGCCAAAUGGAAAGCAUUAUCCAGUGCAGCGGAGCGACUGUGCUGCCCAAGAUGCCACGUGUGUACAAGGCAAAAACCCUGGUGAUUUCGUGCCCAGAUGACCUGCCCAAGUGCAAACCUGCCUGGGAUGCCAAGGUCCCCAUUGUCAAUGCAGAAUUCAUCCUGACCGGGACUCUGCAGCAGGUGGUGGACUUGGUGAGUUACCGACUAGACCAGGACGUCACCGAUCAACCAGAGGGGAAGGCCAGAAAGAGGAGUUUGGCUGCAGCACAGGCCACUGACAACAGGAAAAAGAAGCGUUGACUCUUUAUUUUUAAAACCAGGUGUAGGAAUUUUAUUGCAGUUGUAAAUCUGAAAUGUAAUUGUAUAUUUAAAAGAAAACCUAAUGUACUGAUUAAAUUCCCAGUAGUUGGUCGAGGAGUUGGUUUUAAACACUAAAUGUAGACACCUCAGGAAUUUUUGUAGCUUUUGCAGAGGUCUUUGAGUGUCUUGUGAAGAACUAAGUUCAGUUGAAUGGUAAGGUAUUUACCAGUAAUGACAGUGAUGGGUGUUGCUGUACACCAGGGUUGUAGCCCUGUAAAUGUUCAGUCCCAGAGAGACAUUAAGAGGGAGCUGUCACUGUGAAUACUAGGUAUAUAUCUCUCCGUGCCACAGAAUUAUUUCUUUAAGAAAACUUGCUACUGCCAUCUUGCUGAUCAGUGUGUCCCAUAUUUUAAGUGUAACAAAAGCUCAAUACAUUAAAGGCUUUGUAUACUUUG